AUGGUUUUUCAGUCAUGUGUCAGAGCCUGUGAACUCAUAGGGUACAUACUGGAAAAGGACCAGAACUUCGCGGAGGCUGCACGUAAUUACGAGCAAGCGUGGAGAGUGGGGAACAGACAAAAUCCGAAAAUUGGGUUCAGACUGGCGUACAGCUACUUGCGAAACCGUCAGUUUGUUGAAGCGAUUGAAGUGUGCUUACAGACCGUAUAAUUGAUGUAAUACAAGGCAAUAAGGAAGACAAGCAGCAACCAAUCAUCGGAAACCAAUAUCCAAAGCUGCAUAGAGUAUCACUGAAAGAAAACUGUCUCUUUAGUGCUAGGUU